AUGGCCAAGCGCAACCACGACGAGGUUGAGGCGGGCGCGGAUGCGGGUGGCCCGAAGCCGCCCAAGGCGUACAAGAACAACGACUUCUUGAAUUCCACAGAGGCUCGGCUGAUCCGCAUCAUGUGCGAGCUGGAGGAACCGAAGGAACGUCUGAACGCCAACUCCGUGGACAACAUCGUGAUGUUCUUUGGCUCUGCGCGAGCAAAGCCCAAGGAUCAGUACGAGGCGGCAGUGAAGGAGGCUGAGGCCAAGGCCAAAGCCAACCCAGAUGAUGCGAAAAUCCAGGCAGCGCUUGUGCGGCUGAAGAAGCAGGAGUUCCUGGUCGGCAUGUUCGACGUGGUUAGGGAAACCUGCCGGCUGCUUAGUGAAUGGAGCAUGAAGCGUAGCAAGCAGGGCCUGCCAGAAUACCACGUGGGCACGGGCGGUGGGCCUGGAAUGAUGGCAGCCGCUAAUGAAGGGGCUGCCCAGGCCAAGGGCAAGUCGAUUGGCCUUGGGAUAUCAGUUCCAUUUGAAGAUGGCCUGAACCCCUAUGUGACUCCAGAGCUGGGCUUCGAGUUCCACUACUUCUUCACUCGCAAGUUCUGGAUGGCCUUCAAGUGCAUGGGCUUGGUGGUUGCCCCCGGAGGCUUCGGCACCUGCGACGAGCUCUUUGAGCUGUUAACCCUGAUGCAGACAGGCAAGAUCAAGCGUCAGCUGCCGAUUGUGCUCAUCGGCAAGAAGUUCUGGAAGGAUUGCAUCCAGUGGGACGCCUUCGUCCACUACGGCAUGAUCUCCGACUGGGAUGCGCAGCAGCUCCGCUUUGCCGACACGGCCGAGGAAGCCAUGCAGCAUCUCAUCGAGGGCAUUGAGGCCCUCGAGAAGGCAGACAAGAAGUGA